UUUUUGAAAUGCAAUAUUUAAAUGAAUUUUCUGGGUGGGUGCAUCCCAAUCUGGAGAUCACAUUUUCAUGAGACCCUAUAAGGUUGGAGAGGCUAUUUCCUUCUUUGAUAGAAUGUUAACUUGUAUUUUAUCCCACUACUUAAGAUAAUUAUAGUAAUUUGAAUUCACCUAUCACCAGAAACUUACACUUGUGACACAGGCUAAUGGGGCUCUGCUAGGCAGUUGGCAGGAUUGAGUACACACAUCUUUCUAGCCUUUGUCCAAACCAGCCCUUGGCCUCUCUCCUUUCGAUUAUUCAGUGAAAAAGUAUGCCUGGCAUUGGGUGUAAAGAUGAAUAAAAAAUUCUUGGUGUUGGGGAUCCAGAACAUAGCAUGAUGAUUAACUAUAGUGUAUUAGUAGUCAGGAAAAUGGAAAAAUACAUUUGGAUGGCAAAACCAAAUACCUAUGAAUAGCAUUUUCAAUUAAACUAGGUAAUGAACUCCCAAAUAGCAGAUGGGGAAAACCACCAACCUGCCUGGUACUGGUUUCUGUGUGAAUAGAAGGAAGAAUUGAGGUGGCUUCUGAAAGACUUGGGAAAAGCAGAAUCUCAAAUUAGUCAACUGAAACUUGGACUUUUCGUCCUCUCCCUUGUGAAUGCAAGGUAUCCACAGUAAGGAUUGGAGAGACUGGAGCGGUUUACCCCAAUGAACUCUCAAACCAGACCUGUCAAGACAAAACCCCCUUUUGAGGACAGGACUCCCAUACUGAGGAGAAAGUACUCAAGUGGAAUCGUUGAAUAGGGUAGAGACAAUAGAGAGGGCUUGGGUCAAACUGGGGGAAAGGGAACUCAACCAGGAAAAUCUUACAAAUCACACCACCAUAUUUCUGAACAUUACUCAAAAACAACAGAAAACUGUAAAGUUUAAGCUUUCCUGAGUCCUGUGUCAUUCUAAAUGGCCAAGGAAAUAAUUUCAUGUAAAUGUGAGCAAGUGGAAAAUAUUAAUGUCAAAUCUCACUAAGUGUUGUCAAGACGUAGUAUGUAUGAAUGCUUAGUGAACAUAAAAUGGAGAAAGAUCUCUGAAGAAUGUGAGGGUUAAGUUGUCAGCAGAGCAUUCAUGGAGGGUGUAGCAUUUGACAUGGGCCCAUCUUGCUACCUGAAUCAGAAUUGAAUGUGAAGCUCUAUCAAUAGUGAAGGGUGAAGGCACCUCUAGUGCUGGUAACUAUUCUAAUGUUCUCAAGGGAAGUGGUGUACUCGCCCUGUUAGGUGCUGUUUGAUAUCAGACUUUUGGAAAGGGAGGAGGUUACAAAACCCACAAAAGGAAAAGACUAGGAACUUGAGAAAAUUGUGACUUACUGAUUGCAUGCAGUGUUGGUGAUCUGUUUGCCUUCUACUUCUACAUUGUCCAGCAGCCCUCUCCUGCCUUUACUUUCAUGGUUACCUAGUUUGGACUGUUGGCGAUAGCCAGUUACUUAGUUACAAGUCAUUUCUGUUGUCAGUUUCCUCUCAUCCCAUAUCCAGUUAUUCAAGUAUUGAUUGCCUAUUGUAUAUACUAGGCACGCUAAGUGCUUUUUAAUUUUUUUUAAUGUAAGUUCUACGCCCAAGGCGGAGCCAGAACUCAUGACCCCUCAUGAGAUGAAGAGUUGCGUACUCCACCGACGGAGUCGGACUCGUGCCCCUCAUAUACUAGGCACUCUUCUAAAGCACUACAGAAACUGCAUGGGUCAAAACAAAGUACCUGUUCUGGAGUUUACAUCCUAGUUUGGCGAUAGGGGGAGCAAAAAUGUACAUGGUGUGGUAAGUGCUAUAAAGAAAAGAGUGGAGAGAGAUGCUAUUAAAAAAAAACAAAAACAAAACUCCACUAGAACGUAGUCUCCAGCAGGGAGACCUUACCGGUCUUGCCCAUUAUUGUGUUCCCCAUGCUUGGAAUAGUACCUGGCACAUUGACAGACUUUAAGUAUUGAAUAAAUGUGGCCCAUAAAGAAAUUAGUUUAAAAAUGCCCUUAUUAUUAUUAUUUUUAAAUGUAAGUCAGUAGCGGGCACAAUUCACCUUGUCAUGUCACUCCGUGCAUCCUUCCCUGAAAUACGAAAAAAAGGAAGCUGUUGUCUCUUAUGAAGCCAUUAAUCCUAGAUAAGAAUUUUUAAAAACUGGGGUAUAUAGCCUGAUAUGACUUAGUCCUCAAGCAUUCUCGGCUAGGCCAAGUUAACGUCCGGCCGGUAUCUGGUAGCCUAGCUAACCAGAAGCGUUUGGUUAGUGAAAGCCCUGCGAAGCUACACAUCCCUCGAGGACUGUGUUUAAGCUUCUGCUAGUCCCAUAAGCAUAGUAAUAGAUGUUCGCUGCAUGAAAUGGUCAAACAACAAAUAGCGACUUCACGGCAUGAGUACUUGGGGGAGCGGCCCCGCUUAGGUUCUGGGUGUAGGGGACGACACACUUUCUCUGCGAACUGGCACGAACUUUGGAUCGCAGGCCUGGCUCAAAACCCAUAAUGGCUCCAAAAAGCCCUGCUGUAGGCACCGGUAGUUUAUCCUGGAGGAACCUAAAGACACGUCCGGCACGUGCGUCACCAUCCCCACGCGAACCCGCUCCGCCCGGCCGCUGUCUGUAGACUUCUAUUGGCUGCCUCGCGUAAGGCCCGCCCCCUAGAAGAAGCAGCAGGAAAAAUCCCAGUUGCCGGUGCAAAUAACCGUAACUAACCUGACGUCAUUCCGCAGCCAAUCACAAGCAGCAGUCUUCAGCCUUGUCCAAUGAGAUCGGGCACGGGGUUGGCCCGCGGAGUUUGAUUUUCGUCCAGGAACGCGGAAGUUGCGCCAGUCCUGGGGGCGAGCCGCAGGGUGGGUGGGGGACGCGUGUUGGGGGUUGCGCCUCCUGUGGAGGUACCCGGGCUGAGCGAGGGGGUUCCAGUGCCCAGUCCCGGGUCGGUGGGGGGCGUCGUUACUGUUUGUGGCCUGCAAACCGAGCGCUCCUGUACCAGGACGUGUGCACUACGAGCUUCGCAGACUGCGGAUUCGAGGCAGCUUGAAGUUCCGGUGGUGGCUCUGAGGCGCGACUUCAGAGCAGGGUAUCAAGAAACUGAUAAUGUUUCCUUGAAUUCGCUUAUGUAUUUGUUUCAUCAAUGUCACUCAUAUUGAAUAUCUUAAGAGAAAUGCUGGAAUAUUUUGGUGUUCCCAUUGACCAGGUUUUGCAGAUUAGAGAAAAAAAAGACUAUGGAUCAGCUCGGAGUAUUGUUCGUAUUAUUGGGAAAAUUCUUCCUCUAGAACCUUGUCCCAGGCCUAAUUUUGAGUUGAUCCCACUGUUGAACUCUGUAGACUCUGGUAACUGUGGAUCUGUAGUUCCAUCUUUUGCUGAUAUUUUGUGUGUGGCAAAUGAUGAAGAAGCCAGUUAUCUCAGAUUUCGAAAUAGUUUGUGGAAACCUGAAGAAGAGGAGAAAAUGGAAUUUUUCCAUUCUUUGCAACCAGUUUGGAAUCCAUUGUCACCUGCUCUACAACAGAAUAAGCGAAUGAAAAGUGACGGGCCUGUAGGUGAAGCUGCAUUUAAAAAGAUAGCUGCCCUCGAAGAGGAGCUCACUUUUCUCCGCACCCAGAUUGCUGCAAUCGUGGGAAGGCGGGAACCGAGAACCAGUGCGCAUGCGGGCUUCUUUGACUUGAGUGAUGAACCUAGCGGUUUGGAACAAAGAACAUCACCAGGGACUGCUGAAACGAGUGCCCAGCCAGAUCUGUUUUCAAGUUCACUGCUUUUCCCUCCUCCCCCUCCUCCGCUCCCCUCUCAGCUUUUCUCUCCACAGCCUGCAUGUUCUCCUCUCACACGGCCAGGAUCUAAUAAUAUGCGUGACUCAGAUAAUUCAGCAAAUGAAAUGAAAAAACAGCACCCAGGUGACAGUAAGACCACUUACAGUCAUUCAAAAAACCAGGAAAAUAAAGAUGUUCCAAACAUGUUGGAUAUUCUAAAGGACAUGAAUAAGGUUAAGCUUCGUGCUAUUGAACGGUCACCUGGAGGUAGACCCAUCCAUAAGAGGAAAAGGCAAGAUUCACAUUGGGAUCCUGUGUCUUUAAUAUCCCAUGCACUUAAGCAGAAGUUUGCAUUCCAAGAAGAUGAUUCCUUUGAGAAAGAAAAUAGGUCUUGGGAAUCUUCUCCAUUUUCUAGUCCAGAAACUUCAAGAGUGAGCUAUAAUAACGUAAAGUUAAUGUUUUAAUUUUUCUAAAGUGUAUUGUUCAUGAUCUAUCUUCGCCUGUAGGUUCUCUUCAAGUACUUGCACAGAAUGGGCCACACAGUUGUUUGCUGGUACUGCUCAUGGUUCUGUUGUUUCUGUUCACUUUCACAUGUUCCUUUUAGCGUUUAGCUUGCUAAGAGGAUUUUUGAAAUAAAACACUUGAUUUGAAAAAUA